AAUUGAAAAUAAUGUGAAUUAAUUAUUAGCAUGUUCUAGCCGUGGCCUUUAAGGUCAGUAAUAAAAUAAAAUGUUUAACUUUAACAUAUGGCUGUUUGAAUUCCAUCACAUAGAAGGUCUUAUCUUUGCUAUCUAAUCUGUUUGUAUGAGAAUGAGUGUUUAGUUUAGUGCAAAGUACGUUAUUAUUAUUAUAAUGUGCUCACCUGCUGCUGUACUGGUUAAGUGUACGUGAAGUGUUUUAAAUAGCGGUGUAAACAAAAUUAAAAUGGGUCAGAGUUCGAGUUUGCCAAAAGGCAGAAGAAAAUCAUUGAGGUCCUGGUCGAGAAAAACCCAAAACAGCAGAUCAAAUCUAAGUCAUACCUUCAACAUAAUUGAAAAUGACGAUAAACCAGAGCUGAUGAACAUAAAUUUGGCCACAGAAGAGGAACUCAUGACUUUACCAAACAUUAAUCGAGAAAUUGCUAAAAACAUUGUGGACCACAGAAGGGAAAUUGGAAGAUUCAGGAAAGUCGAGGAUUUAGCUCUGGUUCGCGGCGUUGGGGCCACGAAAUUAGAACAAAUUAGGCCUGAAAUAUGCGUUUCAACGAAAAUAAAUCACAGUUGUUCUUCGUCGAGAGCCCAAAGUUAUGACAGUUUGAAAAGCACAGAUUCAAGGGUUACUAUUAAAUCCAUGAAACCUUUAAAUAUCAACAAGGCAACUAUUUUUGAGCUGCAAGGAGUUAAUGGGAUUACGCAGGAGGUGGCAGCUGCUAUUAUAUCUUAUAGGACUAAGAAAGGACUUUUCAAAAAAGUCGACGAUUUAAUUAAAGUAAAGCUAAUUGAUACCAUUCGAUUAGACAACAUAAGUCGGUAUUUAACAAUAGAAAAUUGUGAUGUGUCUCCUAUGGAGUUUGAAGGAACCCCCAGGCCCAGUAUAUUAACCAAUGGUUACACAAUGCCUGCCUAUGGUAACAACAAUCGUAACGGGGGGCCUUUAACAAUGCCAAUAUCCAAUGGUUUAUCUUUAUCUUCGGCAGUGGAUAUAUUUGAGUUGCUCUCUGCAUAUUCCCCCAGGCCAAUUGUCGAGGAAAUUUUCAGGUAUAAUAGGAAUGGCCAGGCAGCUAUUAGAGUGGCCAUCUGGAAUUUGCACCAGCUCUCCAAUGAAAAAGCUUCAAAUUUUGGUGUUAAAGAAGUUAUUUGUCGAACCAUAUUGGAAAAUGGAUUGUCCAUUAUAGCAGUCCAAGAUAUUUUGAGCGUGACGGCUUUAAAAUCCAUUUGUGAAGAACUAAACAACCCUAAAUUACGCAGAAUACGCGAAUGGAGGGAUAAAAAUCACAAUUGGAACUUUUGCAUGGUAGAUGUUCACACAUCAAAAUUAGGAUUUAUAUACGACUCCGGUGGAGCCAUUGAUAUUGACUUGACCUCCCUAAACGAGGGCCCAGAGGAAACAAAAAAACACUGUGAAGUGCUCAUAGCCACCUUUAGCAUAGGUUCCAUAAAUUUGCAAUUGGUUAAUAUGGUUUUGUUUCAAGAAGCUGAUAUUCCGUUGAUAGAAAAUAAGUUUAAAGAAUUUUUAACUGAAGAUAGAAUGGUUGUUUUAUUGGUUGACUCUUCCACCAUACAAAACCCAGAUAAUUUUAUUUCGAUUGAAAGUAUGAAACCAGUAUUACCAGUGAACACAAAUACAAACUACAUUACCUCAAAAUCCGAGCUGAGUUUUCACAGAUCAAAUAUUUUCACCAGUAAAAAGGUCCAGGACCAUUUGACUAAUUUCAGCGGCGUUAUCCGGCACGGUAUAACCCAUCUCUCGAUCCCGAACGGCUGGGCUUGGGGGGGUCCGGUGUCUCCCCACUGCCCCCUCUGGACCGAAUUGUUUCUUAGUUCCAACGUCGACAUGGCCUUGUGAUAUUUCCUGUACAUAUUUUUGUUUUUAUUUAUUGUUGAGUAUUUUUUCUUAGAACCGACCUGAUCUAUCAAUCUUUGGCUGUGCUAUUCCUUGGAGUGUUUGUGAUACAAUUUAUCAAUAUUGGUAGAUAAUAUUGUAAAAUAAAAUUUUGUGGUAACUAUUGUAUGACUUAAAUUGUAUACACACAAGCAAAAUUAUUGGGUAACAAAAACCAUAACAAAGUUUCAAUUUAAGGGUUAAAAAUAUUGCCUAAAAAAAUUAGAACCCUUAAAAUAAUAAAAAUAUACCAUACUUUUGCUUAUGUGUGUGGAUAUGUUUUUUAAAUGAACAAAAAAUAUUUUAUUUAUAUACC